AUUGAACCGCAUCUCUCGAAAUCUUGAGCGUCUCCGUGCUUUUUCCUUUCUUUUUCUUUUCAACCUAAAUUUAGAGUUGCUUCUUGUAAAAUAAUAGACAUUUUUACUUUAUUUCAACUGGUAUACAAACAUUCUUCUCAAUAAAAUGUUCAAAAGAAAGUUAUGUGCUCUUGAAUACGUCAAUGCGGAAUCGUUCAACAUCAGUGAUGAGAAGCAGUUUAGAUCCUUAAUUUUAUGGCUGGAAGACCAGAAAAUUAGACAUUACAAGAUUGAAGAUAGAGAAGGAUUACGUUUAAUAAAUUCUCCAGAUUGGGAUAAGAAUUACAAGAAAUUUUUGGCGGAUGUUGGUUGUCCAUUUCUAAAUACUAAACGUAAUGACCAGUUGGAAUGGUUGAUAUGCUACGCAGUGAAUUUGGAGUAUUCUGAUAAUGUUGAUAAGUACAGUAAAGUUACUUCAUCCGAAAUACAGAAGAAAAAGACUGACGCGCCGAAAAUGAUUUCAUCCAAUCCAUUAGAUAAUUUAGAUUUUGAAAGCGAGGAGUUCAAGAAAGGAGUCAAUUCGUUGGCUUUAAUGUUGAAUGUGACCUGUCAUCCCGAUCAUUUAAUCACGUUGCAAGCAAUCAGUAAAGUGAUCUGUGAAAAACUGAACAGUGAAGCGUUGAAGAAUCCCGAUCUUGUGAUUCCAAAAGGGAAACCGUUUCCAUUUGAGCAAGCCGAUUUAGGAUUUAAUGCCGGAGACAAAAGUUUAAUCGACGCCGGCAAAAUUCUCAGGUUGAUUUUUAUUCAAGACUUGAGACGGUUGCAAACUGAAAUAAACGAAUGUAUCGUCGAAGUUCAAAAAGUUACAGCAGAUCCGAAAACUGAUACCAAAUUAGGCAAAGUAGGCUUUUAAGGCUCGGCCAAGUUUUAAACAUCGUGUCAUGUCAUCCAACUUACGUAAUAAUAUACCCAUUGUACAGUAAUUUUGAAAUAUUUGUUUUUUAACACGAUUUAAAAAAUGCAAGUACUUUCAUACCUUAUAAUUGUUUUAAAGCCUUACCACAUAAUUAAACUUUUGUACAAAAAUAUUUUCUUAUCAGUAUAGAAUAAAGCUUUGGAACGUACAUAAUGAAUAUUUCUUUCGAAUGCAAUAAACGGAUGACUGCUCAUUUACAUCAUAGAAAAAUAGAUACUCAUUAAAUAGUGUACAAUUGCGCAUAGUUAACAACACGAAAAUAAACAGGUAGAUGCCUCAGCACCAUAUUCAUACAUAUGUUAUGGUGCAGACUGCUCUUUUACAUCGUAGAAAAUUAAAUACUCAUUAAAUAGUGCACAAUUGCACAUUAUCAACAAUACGAAACUAAACAGGUAGAAGCCUUAGUACCAUAUUCAUACACAUAUUAUGGUGCUGACUGCUCAUUUACAUCAUAGAAAAAUAGAUACCUACUCAUUAAAUAGUGCACAAUUGCACAUUAUUAACAACACGAAAAUAAAUAUUAAACAAAAAUGGUAAAAAUAUAAAAAAUGAUAUUACAACACUUGAUCAUACUAGAGGAAUAGCUAUAACACAAUAUCAGCGAACUUCAUUCUUAUUCUUGGCAUCUAAAGGAAUAUGAAAUGGAGGCAGAUCUAAUAACCUAGCAGUUCCCAAGUACGCUAG